GUCUCUCACCACCAGCCCACCCACGUUUCUUGUAGUUUUUCGUAGAGCCGGGUUCACCAUGUUGGCCAGGAUGGUCUCAAUCUCUUGCCCUCAUGAUCUGCCCGCCUCAGCCUCUGAAUGUGCUGCGAUUACAUGCGUGAGGCACCGUUUUCAGCCUGCCAUCUGGUUUUCCUAUGUCACCAAGUGAAUACAAGACCUGUGCCAACAGGACCCAGCAUGAUGUAAUCCUCAUGGUGUUUCUUUUUGUCUGAUUGCAGGAGAAGCCUGCGGCCAAGUAUCACCACCGUCCUGUUGAGGUUUUACAGGACCUCGUCCUAGAAGACAUAGAGGACGAAGAGAUGCCCCCUGCUGUGGAGAAGCCUGCGGCCAAGUAUCACCACCGUCCUGUUGAGGUUUUACAGGACCUCGUCCUAGAAGACAUAGAGGACGAAGAGAUGCCCCCUGCUGUGGAGAAGCCUGCGGCCAAGUAUCACCACCGUCCUGUUGAGGUUUUACAGGACCUCGUCCUAGAAGACAUAGAGGACGAAGAGAUGCCCCCUGCUGUGGAGAAGCCUGUGGCCCAGUAUCACCACCGUCCUGUUGAGGUUUUACAGGACCUCGUCCUAGAAGACAUAGAGGACGAUGAGAUGCCCCCUGAUGUGGAGAAGCCUGCGGCCCAGUAUCACCACCGUCCUGUUGAGGUUUUACAGGACCUCGUCCUAGAAGACAUAGAGGACGAAGAGAUGCCCCCUGCUGUGGAGAAGCCUGCGGCCAAGUAUCACCACCGUCCUGUUGAGGUUUUACAGGACCUCGUCCUAGAAGACAUAGAGGACGAUGAGAUGCCCCCUGAUGUGGAGAAGCCUGUGGCCCAGUAUCACCACCGUCCUGUUGAGGUCUUACAGGACCUCAUCCUAGAAGACAUAGAGGACUAUUAGAUGCCCCCUGAUGUGGACCCCGUGACAGCCCCAAAUGACCUCCCUGAAUCAUCAUCCAUGGCCGGGACAACAGGGGCAUAUUCACAAAUGGGCAUCAUCCACAGCUGGG